CAGGGGAUUAAAAGAGAAAAAAAGGAAUGAAUUCUCUACGAAGGAGUCAGGCGAGACGCUUCCGCAAGUAAAGAUAAAGAGCAAAAGUGGGAAGGAGCUACAGGUUUUAAAUGAAAGGAGUGAUAGAGCCUUUGUUGAUGACGAGAAACUUCCAGCGCGUAUAAACGAAGAAGUCACUUUGCCUAGACACGAGGAAAAUGAGGAUCUAGUGAGAUAUCGAGCUGUUAGAUACGAGCCCAGGCCUGAAAUAUGGCAAAGAGUUGCGCGUGUCUGGGACCAAGUCCAAACAAGACCCAAUCAGUUUCAUCAAUACGAGUCCGACGGCUUGUUUCCCGCCAUGUUAACGUCAUCCACCAGACCAGAGGAAAAUGAAAAUGAACGAGUCAUGACAGUCAAACCAGCCAAAAAACCGGUCAGAAUGCCAAAAAUUCCGGGGAGAGGAGAAGAUAGAAAUAUAAAAUUCACUAGGCCAACUCCAGGGUACGAAGGCUACAUCUGCCGAUAUCCAGUGGAACCUAAAACUCCACAAGGAUCCUGGAAUGAGGUGUUUGUAAACUUUUCCAAGUUAACUUACAGAUCAUAUCCAUCCUACGAAUACACGAAGAAGGAAUUUGCUUGCAAGGGACCCCUGAGUAGGCUUGUUACCACUACUCACCCCUCCAAUCUGCUUAACAAAGUCGAUAAACAGAGCUCUCGACCAAAGAAACUUGGGAGACGCGCUGACCAUUCCAAAUUUAUGUUUAUCAAUUGAGGAUUCUCUGUGCUGUAUUUUGGGCCAUUUUGUGAAAUUGCGGGCUGAUCUGUUAUUAUUAUUUUUUUCCCGGAAACUCUAGGAAAUGAUUUCAAAAUGAUUUACGUUUUAAAACUAGAUACGAAGGGCUAGUAAAUGUCAAUACAACUGAAAUGACUUGUUUUCGUAUCACGAAAGAAAACAAACAAAAACAUAGUUAGCAGGUGUAUCAGUGCAGACGGGUAAAAACUAACACAAAAUAAACACGGUUUUGUCUGAGGUGAUAUUUGAAGUAACCCGCAUUUCAGCCAACAAACCUGUGCAAAUUGAAUGUGGAAUGCUCAUCGAUAUCUUUAUUGCAUAGUAAUUAAAACUUG